CCCGCCGGCAUCGCCGCACACUGGCCUGGCAGGAAGCGCGGGGCGGCGGCCACGGCAGCUUCCCGGCAGCGACUGGACGGAAGAAAACCUGAGGCAGACGCUGGUUAUGUGUUGCUGUUGGAUUUGUUAGAGGCUGUCGUUACCUGCUCGGUGGUGCUUGCAGCAGUGGCUCUGUGCCAGGAGACGGUGACUUCCAGGAGCUUCUCUCUACUCCCCUUAAGGAGGUUCUGUAACAGCRAUGAUAUAAUUGGGAUCGGCUUAUUUACCUAGAGAGUUUCCUGUUUCAAUCCAUUUCCUUAAAGAGAUGAAGAAAGGACCAGAAAGUGAAUCAUGUACCCUUGCUGCUUCAGGCAAUUUAGUGGAGUCAAAUCCAGACACUAACAGUAGCAAUGGAGCCUCAGCAACAGAGAAAGACAUGCUUCCCUCUCCUGGGGAACUGGAAAAUGUACCACCAAAACCCAGCACAGAAAUAUCCAGAAAAAAACUCUGUGGCUAUUUAAAUAAGCUGGGCAUCAAAGGGCCAAUCAAGACCUGGAAGUCUCGCUGGUUCUUUUAUGAUGAAAACAAAUGUCGYUUAUUAUACUACAGAACUGCCCAAGACAUUAAUCCUUUGGGGUCUAUUGAUCUCUCCAGUGCCAGCUUUGACUGCAAAAUGGAAAAUGGGGAAGGAGUUUUUGAGAUCAGAACACCAAGCCGGGCUUUUAUUUUGAAGGCAAUCAGCAAACAGGCAAUGAUGUACUGGCUGCAGCAACUGCAAAUGAGACGUUGGGAAUUUUGCAACACCCAGAGCAGAUUUCCUGUGGGCAGCUCCCAGCUUGUGAAUGAACCUCUGGCUGGAAGAACAAAUGUAGUUGACAAUGAAGACUUUCUACCUUUGGUGAAAACACCAACAGAAGCAGUGGGUUUAAAAGCAGCAUCUUUGCCUGCACCCCAGACAUCUACUGCUUUGCAGAACAUCUCCCUUAAGCACCCUUGGACAGAGAUACAAAACACUGUCUACAAGCAGCUCUGGAGGAACAGUGGGAAUGUUUUUAGCUUCAAUGAAUUCCACGAUCAUCCUGAGAACCUGAAUGAGGAGCAAGAGGCACAGGUUGAGACAGGGUGUGCAGUUAAGGAGGGGACCCUGGAUGAUGGGAGGACGGAGCCCAGGCUGAAUUGGAUUAGGAAAGCCAGGUGGAUGAACAGUGGCUUACCAGGCUCACCUGAAGAAUUGUGCAGGGAGAAGAACUCAGUGGAUAAAGUGAGYGUCCUACAGCAACAGAUUCUGACUCUCACAGAGGAAGUCAAGUCACAGAAGGAGCUGGUUAAACUUCUCCACAAAGCUCUGGAGGCAGCCCAGCAGGAGAAGCGAGUAUCUAGCAAGUAUCUCACUGCAGCAGAAGAUAAAGACAGGCUGGAGCUGGUGCGCCACAAAGUGAGACAAAUUGCAGAUCUGACAAGUCGGCUGGAAGCUCUUGAACAAGAAAAGAAGGAACUGGAGCAGAUACUGACUUUAAGAGACAGCCACAUCCAGGAGCUCAAGGAACAUGUGCAGCUUCUGAUGGAGAAGAAUCAUGCCAAACAGGAAGUCAUCAUGGCCUUGRCAGAGCAGAUGGCUCGAGAGCUCUCUGACCCCCUGCAAGAAGCCAACACUAUCACUGUAGAGACAUUGUAUAAGCAGCAGGAGGAGAUUGAGCAUCUGAAGGAUGAUAUUGAUGCAUAUAAAACCCAGAACCAGUUUCUUAAUUCAGAGAUCCAUCAGGUGACUCGACUUUGGACAAGGGUUGCUGAGAAUGAAAAAGCCCUUUUGAUGAAGUGUGCCUGCCUGCAAGCAAGAAACUGUCAGAUGGAGAGCAAAUACCUGACAGUCUUGAGGAAGCUGCAGGAGGCUGUGCCUGGCCUGCCCAAUUCUCAMGCUGAAUUAGUGAAGAACCUCAUCCAGGAAGCUCUCCAGUGGGAUGUAAAGGAAGAAGCAGAAGAAGGUUUUAACUUGAACCCCGUAAGCGAGUAUGAUGAGUAUGGGUUUAUGACGGUACCUGACUACGAAAUUGAGGACUGGAAACUCCUGGCCAAAAUCCAAGCCCUUGAGAUAAAGUCCAACAAGCUGCGGAGUCAGGAAAUAGUGGAGAAGCCCCUCCGUGACAGAUGGAACAGCAUUGGAGAGCUGAACCCCUCUGCCGAGCUGAAGAGUCUGAUCCGGAGUGGCAUUCCAGUGGAGCAUCGGCAGCGGGUGUGGAGGUGGAUGGUCAGCCGGCACUGCAGCCUCAUUCCUGGCCACUACCAGCGGCUGUUGGAGCAGAGCAGGAGCACUGAGCACCCUGCCUGCCGGCAGAUCGAGCUUGACCUGCCCCGCACACUGACCAACAACAAGCAUUUUUCCUCUCCCACCUCCCAGCUCAUCCCCAAGCUCCGGAGGGUGUUAUUGGCAUUCUCGUGGCACAAUCCUGCCAUUGGAUACUGCCAGGGAUUGAACAGAUUGGCAGCUGUUGCUCUCCUGGUCCUGGAAGAUGAGGAAAGUGCUUUCUGGUGUCUAGUCCAUAUUGUGGAGAAUCUAAUGCCAGAAGACUACUACAGUGACACACUGAUAACAUCACAGGUAGAUCAGAGAGUCUUCAAAGACUUCCUGUCUGAGAAGCUGCCUCGUCUCACGGCUCAUUUUGAGCAGUAUCGGAUUGAUGUCUCACUCAUCACUUUCAACUGGUUUCUGGUGGCCUUUGUGGACAGCCUGAUCAGUGACAUCCUCCUGCGAGUGUGGGAUGCCUUCUUGUAUGAGGGAACAAAGGUCAUUUUCCGCUAUGCUCUUGCAAUUUUUAAAUACAACGAGGAGGAAAUCCUAAGAAUUCAUGACAGUGUGGAGAUCUACCAGUACCUACGUUUUUUCACAAGAAUGAUCAUGGAUGGCAGGAAGCUGAUGAACAUUGCGUUCAAUGAUUUAAACCCCUUUCCCAUGAAACUGCUGAGGAACCGUCGGUCAGCGCACAGGGAAGAGCUGGAGGCAGAGCUGUGUGAACUCGAACAGAUCAAGGCAGCCUACGUAAAAGAGAGGGCAGAGCAGGGACCUCAGGACCCGAAGGAGGUUGCUAGUGAAGAGGAAGAAGAGAUCUGACAAAAAGAGUGUUCAUCAUCACUUCCCUCCCAUCUUGCAGAAGGUCAUCAGUAGCAGCUGUCAAUAAGAAAUGGACCAGAAUGUGAAGUGGGGUCACAGGAGUUUAUCUGCUCCAGAAAGCAAGGCUGUAGUUAUGGAACCAUUUGGAGAUCAAGUCACACUUUAUAAUGAAUUGGAAGGAGUCAGAGGAAUUCUAUCCCCUUCUGCACUUCUCCCCAUUCAGCCCAUCCUGCCCUUUGCAGUUCAGGAUUACAGCUGAGGGUGCAGAGGAAAUUCACUUGUGGUACCAUGACACGAAUUGAAGCAGUACUUUUAUACAUUUUCUGAUGGAGGUUUGAAUGAGAUCUUUAUGUACAAGUAAAAUCUCCAGAAAUAAUGAGCAUUCCCUCAUAGGUACCUAGAGCUUCUGAAUGGGUCAGGAAAAAAACUUGCUCUUUGAGAGUGUGGUGCCUUCAGAGUUUAGCUUGCCAGAAAAGUGUGUGUUUAAUGUUGUUAUUGAGUCAAGACACUGUCUCCAGAUGAGUGUUAGGUUUGGGGAGGUCCUGAAAGCUGGAGGACAUUGUCCCAUGGGUCUCAGGUUGAGAAAAGGAAACAGGCUGUGGGACAGUAGAGUUGCUUCUCCAGUUUAGUUCCUGUGGAAGUUCAUGGGAGCACAAGAUGUGUCGCCUCCUUGACUGGAAAUUUUGGGAGCUCUCUCCCCUCUUUGUUUAGCUUUGAGGCCCUGCAGCAUUCUGUGCUGGUGAGUUUGCUCAACCGAGGAACUCUCAUCUCUGUGUGAAACCAAUCACAGCCUGGCAGCGUGCAGGGCCUAGUGUUAUAUGAAUUUUAUUGGGGAUAACUGGGUCUUGUGAUAGCCUCACUCCUGGCCAUCUUUGCUCCACAAAUAUGCUCCUUCUAUGCUGGACUUUUAUGUUGAUAUCCCUGUCUCUAAUUCCCAUUUAUUAUGGGAGGAACAAGGUCUUUUCUGUAGGAGUUUACAAUAUUGAAGGUGUUUUACCCAUGGCAUAUGGCUGUUGGUGAACCUGCAAACCCUGGGAACAAGGUCACAAAAGAUGACUUGAUAUUCUUUGGUAAAAACCAUUAAUGUCCCAUGAAACAAGGGAGACAUUACUACUUGGUUGAGCACACAGAGAUGCCCUACCUGUCUCUGGGAAUGGGGUCUGAUAACCUUUUCCCCUGCCUCCUAGACUUGCCCACCUCCUGCCCUAGAUACCCUGCUUGUGCAGCUCAGGUCUCCACAGACCCAGGAUGAGUCAAGUACUUAGAAAUACAACUUAUUUUCCUUAACACGAUGACAGAUCCUGUUGCUCCUCUUUCCUGCUGAGUGGUGCAUUAUUCCAGGUAUGCCUGCAGUGCUGACAYUGACAGCAUGAAGCAGACCCUGCUAUAAUGGGAGCUCUGCUCUACGUUUUUUGACUGACCUUGAACACAAGUGGAUUGUGCCUCCUUGUGGUUGAUAACCCAGACCUUCAAGUUAUCAGUACUUGCCGAGGAAGGGAAAGGACACAUUCAUAGCCCACAGUGUUCUCAUCCUGGUGGGCUGUAGUCAAGAUGACAGACUCUAGUGGAAACAGUGUCUAUUCGCCUGAGACACAUGGUCUGCCUCACUGUCAGUCAGUUUCAAUGAAUUACGGAAGACUAAGAUGGGAGAGACUUGUGGAGGCAACCACACAGUAAUCGAAGUGGAAAUGAAAUUUUGGGAAGAGUGAAUAGAUCCCCUGAAUAUCAGUGAGAGCUGCACACAUUGAAAGUGUGGAAUGAGAAGAAAAUGUUGCUGGAAGCUUACCACUAUAUCUGAAAAAAAUGAACUAAUUUUAAAACUAUGCCAUCUAGUUAGGGAASCCUAAAAAGCAGAAGGUUUUGCUUCACAGAUGAUAUUGCUAAUCUAAUUUAUUUAUACUCUUAUGUUCAUGGGUGUACAUAGAUUUUUGCUAUUGUUACAGACAUCAUCUUUUAAAUCAAGGCCAUGAAAACCAGUUUUCUUACAAUUUUAUUUUGUAGAGCUUGCUGUAACAGCUUAAAAAUUUUUCCUCCGACUUUUCCUUAUGUUUAUUUAAAAGGCAUUUGAAACAUGUAUUAUUAGACUAAAUCAUAGCCUGAUGUAUGUCUACAGUAUAUAAUAAACACUACAAUAUGUGUUAUGUGGUACAUAAAGUACCCGAAGCAGAGAUAAGGACCAAGUUAUUAACCCUGGUAGAGAAUUCUGAAAGUAAUUUUUGAUUGAAAUCAGAAGGGAAGGGCAUCUCAGGGUUGUUACAAAUUUUAUUUUGUGUCUUAAUCAGCUCUUGGUUUUGGUCUGCAUGUGUUUGCUGAGGGCUAUUUCCUUAGUCAUAUUUAUAACCAGGCACUUGUGGUUAUUUGKUAUUAAAAUGUGAUGGAUGCAGGAAUAUAUGAGAGACCUGUGCAGACCUGCACC